UUGAAUGCAUGUCUGCAUUUUUCUAUUUCAAGGAUUUCGAAGACAGAUUUAGAAAAUGAUUCCAUGACAUUGCCCAACUCUCUGCACUGACGUGCACUUCUGCCACAGAUUUGAUAGGUAGCCUCUGAUAUCAAAGUCAAGUUUGCAAUAAACGUAAUGAGAACACAGGGGAAGGGAGCUAAUGUAUAUUGUCGCAACGAUGCGUAGCCUACUGCGGGUAUGAAGCAGUGCUGAAUGACAAUCCUCUCAUGAUGUGUCUGUGAACUGAUUGAUUUUGACAGGUGAACAUUUGUAAUCCCCUCCUGAGGGCCAUAACAAUCUUUGUCUCAUCCCGUCAUUCAGAUGGGAUUCUACCACGAGACAAAGUUACACCGAUGCAGCUGGCCUGUAAUUUCACAUCGUUUGAAUUGACAGCUUCACAAACAGUGUAUUAGGAGUCGGGCCAAAGCGUAUGCUGUAAUGUAAUUCUUGCGGUCUUCGGGGUGCUGCGAUAAAUCUCCCCACAAUGGGUCAGCGCCUCAGUGACGACGGCGACCCAGACAAAGAAAUAGAUGUGGCAGAGUUGCAGGAAUGGUAUAAAAAGUUUGUGGUGGAAUGCCCAAGUGGAACACUUUUUAUGCACGAGUUCAAGAGUUUUUUCGGGGUCGCUGAUAACAAGGAGGCUUCAGAUUAUAUUGAAAGCAUGUUUCGGGCCUUCGACAAGAAUGGUGACAACACCAUUGACUUUCUUGAGUACGUUGCAGCUUUGAACUUGGUCCUUAGGGGUAAAUUGGAGCAUAAAUUGAAAUGGACGUUCAAAAUGUAUGAUAAAGAUGGGAGCGGGUGCAUUGAUAAAACAGAGCUUCUUGAAAUUGUGGAGUCUAUAUAUCGACUGAAGAAAGCCUGUCAUGGGAAGCUGGAUGAAGAAUGCAAUCUUUUGACCCCAGACCAAGUAGUGGAUCGGAUAUUUGAGCUGGUUGAUGAAAAUGGAGAUGGCGAACUCUCCCUGGACGAGUUCAUCGAUGGAGCACGGAGGGACAAGUGGGUGAUGAAGAUGCUGCAGAUGGAUGUCAAUCCUGGGGACUGGAUCAAUGAGCGAAGACGUAGUGUGAACUUCUAAAUGCUGGAGAGUGGACUGUCAGUCUGUCACACGCACACAGCGUGAGUGUGACAUGACGCAAUCCUACUUUAUCUCCCUGUGCUUGCAUGAAUGUAAAUGCUGCUGUACAACACCGAGUAUAGCGUGUGUCUUUACAUAUAUGAAGUUAGAAAGACAAGAGAGAGACAUACAAUAUUGUAUAAUAUAUAAAUUAGGAUUUAAUUUGUCUUGGUGCAGACUUAGAUGUGAAGCUGACAAGUUACGUUUACCACGGGUUGCCAUUGUGGUGCCUGCAGGCAGCAGGUAGCAAGAUUAUGAGUAGCCCCCGGGCCUCUUCUAAAAAUAGCUCACCAGUGAUGGAACAUUAUUUUCGAGGGAUUUUGUAGAAGUGGUCGUUUGAAACACCAGCAGAGUUUUACAGAAAUAAAGUGUUGCAUAUAACAUGAA